AUGGAACUCGACGACCUCGACGACCUCCUCGGCCCACGGCAGAUGCGCAAUUGCCUCCCAUGCAAACAGCGCAAGAUCAAGUGUGGACCAUGUGCUCUGCGCAAGGACGUGAAGAGCUGCUCGCCAGAGCUGUCAAAGCUGAAGGACCUGGCCUCGCGCGAUCUGGGAGGGCUGUCAGGACUGGGCGACCGGAAUGUGACGGCGAGCGAGUUCCAAGUGCUCGUGAAGCGCGUCAAGUCAUUGCAGGACAAGGUUGCCGAGCUGGAGAGCACCGUGAAGGCUGGCGGAGGGCGCUCAGCAGCCGGGACGAGGGAGCACACGCCUCCGUUGGGACUGUCUCCGAAGGCGACAACAGUGACAUCGCGGCGGCACCAGGGCGAGGACGAGAUGGUGUUCGCGCUCGAGGACUUCCAGAUGUCGCACCGGAUCAACGCGAUGCGCAACAUUGAAUCGCCAGGCGGCACUUCGCGGGAGCGCGACAACCUGUCGACCGUAACGACCGACCACCCCAUGGCCUUCCUCGUGCCGCCGGGGAGUGACUACCUGCAGAAGGCGAUGCAGGCGCUGCCGGACGAGCAGACGUGCCAGUUCCUCGUGCAGCAGUACUUUGACCAUGUCGAGUGGUUCCAGCGCUGCCUGCACUAUCCGACAUUCAUGCGCCAGUGCCGCCAGCUGUGGGCGCGCGAGGCACCUCUCGACCCCGACUUUGUCUGCACGUACCUCAUGGUCGUGUGCCUCGGAUUGCGGACUGUCGUCGACACGCUGCCGGGCAUGACGAAUGCGCUCGGGCUGGCCGACAAUCUCUACCACGUCGCCGAGGGCGUGCUCUGGAUGUCCCGCUUCCUGCACCGGCAGACGUUUGAGAGCCUCCAGGCCAUCUCCCUGAUGACGGUGUACGGGUUCGGGCUCGAGGACGGCGCAGACGCGACAUGGGCGCUGUGCGGCAGCGCGGUCAAGAUCGCCCAGAACCUGGGCCUGAACCGCCUUGAAGCCGAGGCGCCAGGGAAGGAGUGGUCACCCCUCUGGCGGUCCCGAUUGCGCCGAGAGCUCGGCCGACGGCUGUGGUGGACAUUUGUCGCGCUCGACUGGUCCAACGCCAUCGCCCACGGAAGCACGUACCAGGUCGUGCCGAUGCAGAACCUCUCCGCGCUCCCGAGCAACCUGCGCGACGACCAGCUUGAAGACGACGAGGCUGCUGCCGAGCCGCUAUCCGUCUACACUAUCUUCCGCUUCAGGUUUGUCAAGCUGUACCGCGAGAUUGUCGACCACAUGAUGCAGCACACGACGCCGUCGUACUCGUUCAUCCUGCGGAUGGACGACUCGAUCAUCGAGCUGGCCUCGUCUCUCCCGCGGCACUUUGAGGAUCCCACCGAGCUGCCGGACGGUGUCGACCCGGCCCUGCUUGUGGACAGCGUGUUCCUCAACAUGCAGGCGAACAUCCGCCUGUUGCGUUUGCACCGCCCCUUCUUCCUGCGCGGCUACCAGGACCCGCGCUACGAGCGCUCAAAGAGCCGCUGCGUCGAGGCGUCCCGUCUGGUGCUUGGGCUCGUGGACGUUGCACGCCGGCGUGCGCCCAACCUGCUCUCCUUCUGGACCGUGCUCUUCUAUGCCUUCUCAGCCGCAGUCCCAGUGUGCAUCGACCUCUUCUUCGACCCUGCGCCCGACAAGCGCGCGGCCGUCGAGCAGAUCCUGAACACGUUCCGGGAACACGCCACCAUCUCCAGUGCAGCCCGGAACAGUGUCUUUGUGCUUGAGCGUCUGCUCGAGCUCGAAAAGCAAGUGCGCGAGGACGACUCGCCGCGCGACGGUGCCGGACCCUCGAAGAAGCGCAGGCUCAGCGGGCACAGCGGCCCCUCCCGAAAGCACGCCGAGGUGCUCCGGAACAGUAUCCGGAGCAUUCUCGAGAAUGCUGCGUUCUCGCAACACCCGAGCACGAUCCCCGUGCUUCCGCAGCAGACGGCACCGAGCGAGAGCGCACCGAGCGAGGGGAGCUUCCCCCUCGCGCUCACGCCGACGCUGGCGCUGGACGAUAUCUGGCCGACAAACUCGAGCUUUGACACGCUCGACACACUCUGGGUCCAGAGCGAGGGCAUGACCUGGCCCGCGCUGUAA